AUGGCAUCCACCACCUUUCCGUUGCCAGGAAUAGAACAUGGCAAACGUAUUCUCACCUCGGUGAUUGAACAGCGGGCUAAAGGUGGUGCCAGUGAAUCCUGGAUGUCAGUCCCGGUAGACGAGACGAAUCUGUCCCUCGGUUAUAAGGAUCUUACCUUUUGGCAACUGAACAAUGCCGCCAAUCACGCGGCGCACUGGUUGAGCGACAAUCUUCCCACUGGCGAGCCAUUUCAAUGCUUUGCCUACACAGGUCCAAAAGAUCUCCGUUAUCCGAUUUUGGCUGUCGCGGCAGCCAAAGCACAGAAAGUGAUGGUACUACCGUCACCAUUAGUCACUCCCGAGGCCCAGUUGCAAAUAUUUGAAAAGAAAGGCUGUACGCUUUACCUUAGGCCUGAGGAAAUGGCUGAGUCUGUAGCAGGAAUCUUAAAGGACACUUCGCAUAUCCAACCUAUUACCUGCCCAUCCUUGGAGCAUUUCCUGAAUGAGACGGAAGCUGUCCCAGUCAACUAUCCAAAGUCAUGGGUAGAAGGAAAAGACGACCCUUGGUUGGUCUUUCACACUUCCGGGACAACGGGAAACCCCAAGCCUAUCACCUAUUCACACCAGAUGAUGGCUGGAGCAGAUAAAGCAGCUUCAAUCCCUGAUAUUGAGGAGUCUCACAUACAUCAAUAUGCCCAAAGAAGAUGGUAUACGCCUUUGCCUUCACUGCAUUUCGUUGGAAUGCUCAUGACGCUUUCUAUGACGACCUUUGUCCAUAUGAUAGCCGUGAUUGGCCCUGCUGGUCCCCCAUCUCCAGAUGUUAUUACCGAGGUCCUUCGGCAAGGACGAGUUGAGGGAGCACUGCUUCCGCCGGUACUCAUCGACGCCCUCUGUCUCUCACCUGAGGGACUUCAGGCCCUCAGGGACCUCAGAUAUAUUCAUUUUGCUGGUGCUCCGCUAUCUGCUAACACCGAAUCUGGUGGUUACUUCACAACCAUACAUGGCAAACCUGAUAAAUGGGAUUAUCUUGCCUUCCAGAAACAUGCUGGAGCCAUCUUUGAGAAACAACUAGGUGAUCUGCACGAGCUUGUAUUUAUCCGUAACCCGAGUUGUGCGAUGCAGCAGAUAUUCACAGUAUAUCCAGACCGCGAUCGAUUUGCAACGAAUGAUUUGUGGGUUGAGCACCCUACUGAAAAGGGUCUGUGGAAGAUCAUCGGCCGAAGCGACGAUUAUGUUUGUUUAUCCCAUGGAGAGGGAUUGCAUGCUUCGCUUCUAGAGCCUGAAAUUACGGCCCAUCCAGCCGUCAAUAAUGCACUUAUCGGAGGGCAUGGAAGACAGUCACCUGUGCUCUUGGUGGAACUUGCUAAUGUCGCAAAUGACGAGUCUCGUGAGAAGGUGCUGGAGAAUCUGUGGCCCUACAUUGAGAAGCUCAACGCGCGAUGCCAUGCUUCCGUUAAGAUCUCUCCAGAAAAGGUAAUCAUUGCUUCGGAGGAGAAGCCAUUCAUUAUGACUAUCAAAGGAAGCGUGGCGAGAAUGCAGACUUUGCGCUCAUACGAGGAUGAGAUUGCUGCACUAUUCGCUUAA